GGGGAGAGGGAAGAUGGCGCAGGCCCUGUCUGGAGAGGAGUUCGAGCGUAUGCAGGCACAACUGCUGGAACUCCGGACACAGAAUUACCAGCUCUCUGAUGAACUGCGCAAGAACACAGCCGAGCUCAAUGGCCUUCGGCAGCGGGUGGUCAUUCUGGACAAGGAGUUUGCCAAGGCUCAGAAGGCGCUCAGUAAGAGCAAAAAAGCUCAGGAGGUGGACGCCUUGCUGAGCGAAAACGAGAUGCUGCAGGGGAAGCUGCACAGCCAGGAAGACGACUUCAGGCUGCAGAACAGCACUCUGAUGCAGGAGCUCUCCAAGCUGUGCACCCAGAUCGAGCAGUUGGAGAAGGAGAACAAGGGUCUCCGGGAAGGGGCUUCAGCGGCGGCCACCGACGGAGGAGCCCCGGCCAGUGCCGUGGAUGGGGAGCUGCUGCGGCUGCAGGCGGAGAAUUCCGCGCUGCAGAAGAACAUGGCAGCUUUACAGGAGCGCUACGAGAAAGAGGUGGCCCGGCAGGCAGAUGGCCGCGAGAGCGGGAAGGGGGACGGCUCCGCGGAAGGCCCUCCCCCCGGGCAAGAGGGUCCGGAGCCGCCGGGGUCCGAUGGGGGCGCCUCCCAGGCCCAACAGCUGCUGUCAGAGGUGGAGCUGAAGUGGCAGACGGAGCGGGAGGAGAAGAGGCUGCUGAAGGAGCAGCUGCAGAGCCUGGAGGCCUCCAAAACGUCAGAGAUGUCCCGGUUGCAGCAGGAACUCAACAAGUUUGCUGAGAAGCUAAAGAAGAAGCAGGAGAGCUUUCUACGGCUGCAGACGGAAAAGGAAGCUCUCUACAAUGACAGCAGGACCAAAAUUGAGGAGAUCCAGCAGCGGAAGGAGGACGAGGUCAAAUCCCUGCAGGCUCGGAACCAGAAGCUGCAGCAAGAGCUCCAGACGGCAGGCCAGGGUUGCUCGGAGUUAAAGGACCAACUGCAAAGCUGUCGAGAAAAGCAUGAGGUGGCCUUGCAGGCCCUACAGGACCAGGUUGCUUGCCAAAGUGCGGAGAGCCAGGAACAAGUGGAGAGCAUUCUGUCUGAGAACGAUGCCCUGAGAACCAACUUAGCAGCGUUAGAACAGAUCCAGACCUCCAAGACCCAAGAGAUGAACCUGCUGCGAGACCAGGUGGCCGCCGUGGGAGCCGAGUUGCAGCAGUGCCGGAGCGAGAAGGAGGCCCUGGCCGCCCAGCGGGAUGACCUCAACACCCAGCUGCAGGAGUCGCUCCGGGCCAACACCCGCCUCCUGGAGCAGCUGCAGGAGCUCGGGCAGGAGAAGGAGCUCUUGUCCCAAGACCUUGAUGAAACGAGGAAGACGGCGGAGAAGCGCAAGACCAUGCUGGACGAGAUGGCCAUCGAGACCCAGCAGGAAAAGGGGCGCCACAAGGAGGAGCUGGGCAACCUGCGCCUGCAGCACGAGAAGGAGGUGCUGGCGGUGCGGGCGCUCUACGAGCGGGAGCUGCGGGAGCUGCACGAGCACAAGAAGCGGCAGGAGGACGAGCUGCGCGGCCAGCUCAAGGAAGAGAAGGCUCGCAGCCAGGAGCUGGAGUCCAUGCAGGCAACCGUGGAAGAGCUACGCCUCCAGAUCCAGUCCAUGGACGGCACCAAGGGCUGGUUUGAGCGGCGGCUGAAGGAGGCCGAGGAGCUGAUCGAAAAGCACCAACAGGAACACACAGAGGCUGUGAUCGCCUUGAAGGAGCAGCAUUUGGCUGAUCUGCAGCUAAAGGACCAGGAAGUGGAAGUGACCAAAGAGAGUCUGCGAGGAGUCGAACGAGCCAGAGAUGAGCACGUAGAGGCAAUCAACCGGCUGAAGCAGGAGGUGAAGGACACGGUCGACGGGCAGCGGAUCCUGGAGAGAAAGGAAUUGAAGGACCUAAAACGGCAGCUCCACCUGGAGCGGAAGCGGGCGGACAAACUCCAGGAGCGGCUCCAGGAAAUCUUGACCAAUAGCAAGAGCGGACAGGGGAUCGAGGAUCUUGUCCUGGCGGAUAUCAGCUCGCCAAGCCGGGUGCAGACUGGCGACAGCAGCAGCAUCUCCUCCUUCAGCUAUCGGGAAAUCAUGAAAGAAGCCCACCUGUCCUCUUCUCUGUUGCAGUCCACCACCGGCAGCCCCCAGUCGCAGUCACAGCCCCCGCGGCCGGCCGACCUCUCGGACGAGGAGAUAUCCGAGCUCUUCCAGCGUCUGGCUGAAGUUCAGCAGGAGAAGUGGUUGUUGGAGGAGAAGGUGAAACACCUUGAGGUCAGCAGUGCCUCCAUGGCCGAGGACCUGUGUCGGAAGAGUGCCAUCAUCGAGACCUACGUGAUGGACAGCCGCAUUGACGUGUCUGGAGCCCACGGGCAGGUGGACCGCAGCAGCCUGAGCAGCGUCCUCCGUGACCUGGUGAAGCCGGGAGACGAGAACUUGCGCGAGAUGAACAAGAAGCUUCAGAAUAUGCUGGAGGAGCAGCUGACGAAGAACAUGCACUUACAGAAGGACCUGGAAGUGCUCUCCCAGGAGAUCGUCCGUCUCAGCAAAGAGUGCGUCCCGUCCCCCGACGCCGAGCCCGGCCUGGACAACGUCGCCUGAGCUCGGUUCCGUCCUGUGGCCCC